UACACAGACCUUCCAAAGAUGGCGGCGCCCUGUAGGUCCACCAAACUCGCUUCCGCCGCAAGAAAACUGGGAAGUUUCUUGCUAAAUUCGUUUGUUAUCGCUCGAGCGGCGAACUGCGUCACCAACAUGGACUCGAGCAGACAAUCUAAGGUUCACGUCCGUUGGUUUCAGGCUCAUUUUCUUGUAUUUUGUUGGUAUUUUCACUUAUUCGAACUGGGAGGAUUAAAAAAAAAUGACACUUUUAAAGUUACUGACGUGUGCACGCGCAGGUUAAAGCUGGAGUUCGCGGUGCAGAUGACAUGUGAAAGCUGCGCUGACGCCGUUAGAGCCUCUUUGGAGGGAAAACCCGGUGUGACGGCGGUCACUGUGGUCAGGAAGGAGGAGGUCCUGGUGGAAUCUGCUCUGACCGUCGCAGAAGUCCAGGCUCUCAUAGAAAGCACCGGGCGCAGAGCUGUGCUGAAGGGCAUGGGGGGAUCAGAAGCAGACCUGGGAGCAGCUGUGGCGAUGGUGGCCGGAGCGGGGUCCAUUCAGGGGGUGGUGCGUUUCCUGCAGCUGUCCGAGAAUCACUGUUUGAUCGACGGGACCAUUGAUGGACUGGAACCGGGGAACCACGGCCUCCACGUACACACCUUAGGAGAUCUCACCCAGGACUGCAAAAGUUGUGGAGAACAUUAUAAUCCAUUUGGGAAGCAGCAUGGCGGUCCAGGAGACUCUGAACGGCAUGUAGGCGACCUGGGAAAUAUUGUAGCAGGACCGGAUGGCAGAGCUUCAUUCCGGCUAGAGGACGAUCAACUUAAGGUUUGGGAUGUGAUUGGUCGAUCUCUGGUGGUGGACGCGGGCGAGGACGACCUCGGGCGAGGAGCUCACCCUCUGUCCAAACAGACGGGGAACUCUGGAGAAAGGUUGGCGUGUGGGAUCAUCGCCCGCUCCGCCGGCCUCUUCCAAAACCCCAAAAAGAUCUGUGCCUGUGACGGGGUUACGCUGUGGGAGGAGAGGGACCUGCCCAUCGCCGGAAAAGGCAGAAGCAAGGAGACCCCUUCUGCAAACCUGUGAACCUCACACACCAACACUGAUGGACGUGUGAGAGGAAAGGUCAUCUUGAAGAGAAAAACAUUAAAUCACUAAUGCCUUUAGAGAUAUAAAUAUUUAUCACUGGAGUUACUUUCAGAAAUGAUCUUCUCAGACUGAAGUCCUCAGACUAAUUUAUAUGUAUUUACAGGGAAGUGUUUGUCAAGUUGGAUGUUUCUGAUGAAAAUACGCACAAUUGAGCCCAUUUCAGUUCCUCCAAUCCUUUUAAAUCAAUAAGGUGGAGUUCAUGGCUCAAAGUAAAAGAUUAAAAACUCAGGAAGGAGUCCCAUUCCAUCAGAGAAAGGCUGUAAAUGAGGCCCUUGAGGGAUUGUGUACUCAGCUUUUUUUUCUUUAAAAUGGAGUGUAGAGUCUCUUUAUUGCUGCUGCAGCCAACUUCAGAGCCUCAAGCCAAAGAGGAUUGACCAUUUCUUUUUGACACUGCCCCCUAUUGACUGUAACUGUCAAAUGUUGUAUUAUAAAUGAAUGUAAUACGGUGGCCCCCUCCAUGCUGGCACUUGUUUUCUAUUUCCUUAAUGAAAAUAUCGAUAGAAGGAGCUGGUGGUGUGCGCUGCGUUGGCUGUGUAACUGUGUGCAGUAGUUAGCUUUGCAUUGAUUUUUCUAAAUUGAGCAUUGGUCUUGUUCUGCUUCCACCUGAAUGAGCUUAUUGAGCUUCUUCCAACAGUUCCAUCUGUUUUUCCAUUUCUAUGUCGAGGCUGAGUGCAGACAGACGGAUGCAAACCUCAAUGAAGUUAGAGAAUUUCACAAUGAUGCCAAUUGUAAUAUAUUGUUAAACUGUGGCUUUUUGUGAGAUAAUAAAAGCAUUUAACAAAU